UUUCAAAGAAAAUAUCACUUUUGGGUAUUUUUUUUUAAAGUUUCAUAAGCAACAAUGGCAUCAACAGGUCUUCAGCUGAUGGGUUUGGUGCUGGCUCUGCUGGGUUGGGUUUGUGGGGCGCUGGUGUGUGCUGCUCCUCUGUGGCGUGUAUCUGCAUUCGUAGGUGGAGAGAUAGUCAUUGCCCAGGUGUUGUGGGAAGGACUGUGGAUGAACUGUCUGUCUCAGACCACAGGACAGAUCCAGUGCAAGACCUAUGACUCCACCCUGGCACUGCCUAUGUUUACCCAAGCAGCCCGGAGCCUCGCAGUUCUGUCUUUACUUCUCUGUCUUCUGGCCAUCAUCCUCGGGGUGUCAGGAGCCAAGUGUACUCACUGCAUGGGAGACAAUAACCAGGACUCCAAGGCAAGACUGGAAAGGAUAGCAGGGGUGCUCUUCAUUGUGGCUGGGCUUGCCUACUUGAUACCCAUCUCGUUCUCAUACCGCUGUCGACCUUUGGAUCUCGACCCUCGGGGACAACCACCAGAGAUACAGCAGCUGUUCCCAGCAGGCCACGAAGCCACCCUAGCAGCCGGACAGCGUGUCGAGACGGACUGA